AUGGAAGAACACCAGGCCCUAUUUACAUGGGGCGCCGGUCCGAGCUCGGUCUCCAUUGCCGGAAACUUCAACGACUGGAGUGCGACAGCGACGCCCCUGAUCAAGCAGCCUGACGGGAGUUUCAAGGGCUCCAUCUCGGUCCCAUGGGGCUCGACCCAGGCGUACAAGUACAUUGUCGACGGCGACUGGAUGGUCCGCGAAGACGAGGAGAAGGACUAUGACGCCGCUGGAAACCACAACAACAUUUACGUUGCCCCUCCCGGUCCGACUGCCGAGACUAGCGCCACUGCCGGCGCUACCACUGCUGCCGCUGGAGCUGCUGGUACUGCUGGUCCUGCUGCCACUGCUGGCGCGGCCGCCGGGACUGAUCCUACCACCGCCGCCCCGGCCACGCAGCAGCUCGCGAAGGGCCCCGACGCUCCGCCUGCCGCCGCAGCCGACAACGCUGGCAGCUCAAACACGGGCCUCCUGGCUGGUGCUGGCGCGCUGGCUGGCGUCGGAGCUGCUGGUGCAGCUGCGCUCGGCCUCUCCAAGAACUCCGACAAGGUCGACGAGAAGAGCGUCCCCAACCUCCAGUCGCUUGAGGCCCAGGCACCGACUGGCGUGGCCAGCGACCUCUCUGCCGCCGCCGGCUCGCGCGACAUCCCGACCACUCUUGGGGGUAUGGGUGUCGACGAAAAGAAUAUCCCCAACCUCCAGUCGCUCGCCGCGCAGGCGCCCACGGGCGUAACGAGCGAGGUCCCUGCGGUCCCCUCGGGGCCACCUGCCACUCUGGGUGGGCUGCCCAUCGCUACCGGUACCGUUGCGGCUACUCCCGCUGACACUGGUCCCGCUGCUGAAGCCAAGGACGCCGUUACGGACAAGACCAACACCGGCCUCCUUGCCACGACUGGAGACGCCAAGGACGCAGCUGCGGCUGCCACGCCCGCCCCCGCUGGCGACAUGAAGGACGCCUCGGCGGACAAGAACACUGGCCUCCUUGCGGGCCUGGGUGCGGUCGCGGGCGCAGGCACCCUCGCGGGUGCCGGUGCUGCUGCGGCCGGAAUGCUGGGCUUUGGGUCCAAGAGCGAGGACAAGGCCGCCCCUUCCGGUGCCCAGACCGCCAACUUGGCGGCUACGGCCGGACCUGGCGCGGCUGCAGACGCGGUUCAAGUGAACACUGGCGCUACUGCUGGCACCACCACGGCCGCGACUGCUCCUGGCGCUACUGCCCCUGGCACCGCAACUGCUGUGGACACCGCCUCUGCUCCCAGCGCCUCCACUGUGGACCCCACCGCUGCUCCUAGCGGCCCAACUGGUUCGGACACCGCGCCUGGGGUCGCUGCCACUCGUGACGCCUCCACCUUCGCCGCAACCGAGCCUGGGGUCGCUGCCACUCGUGACGCCUCCACCUUUGCCGCAACCGAGCCUGAGAAGAGUGCCGGCUUGUCGGGCAACACGGGCCUGCUUGCCGGUGGUGCCGCUGUUGCGGGCGCAGGUGCGGCUACUGCAGCUGCCCUCGGUUUCGGCAGCCAGGACAAGGACGCCGCCACUUCGGGUGCCGGUACCAGCGACACCAUCCCUCCCGGCACGGCGCCUCCCGCAAUCCCCGAGGCCAAGGCGAGCCAGCUCUUGGCCGCGUCCGCCCCGGGCGUGGUCACAGAGGAGACGGCCAGCGCGACGUCGACAGACAACGAGGACAGUGCGGGCAAGCCCAAGACGGACGCGCAGCGCGCACGCGACAAAGCCAAGAAGGCCCGGCAGAAGGCCAAGAAGCGCGCCCAGCACACCGGUCUUGCGGGGUACACCCACCACCCGGGCUCUGGGGAGAGCUAUGUCUCUCCGCGGGAGCGCUCUGGCUCGCACGGGCACAGCCCGACAAGCCGCACUGCUGCCCUCCCCUCCGGUCAGGCAGACUUCGCCCGCCCCGAGAAGAGCGAACUGCGCGACGCCCCGAAGGACCACGCUGGCGUUGCGGCUGGCGUUGCGGCCGGUGCUGGUGCGGCCGCCUUCGGUGCUGGCGCGUACGCCGCCACUCGUGACAAGGGCGACGUGACCCAGCCCAGCGGCACUGGGCCCGUCAAGGACGCCUCUGGCAGCCCGAUUACGGACACGCGUGUCCUUGCCGCGGCGACUGGCCACCCCAGCUCCUCCCCCGACACUGCUCCGGACUCGACCUCGAGGAACGUACCGUCUGGGAUGGAGGCGCAGCCGCGUGUCCCUUCCGAGGUGCGCGACACGUUCAACGCUGGACCCAACGAUGCCACCGGAACAGGCCACGCGUACGGCACUGGCGUGGGUACACAGGCGCCCACCCAGCUUGCGUCUACCGACGAGAGCGGUACACCCCUCGGUACCGGCGCUCUUGGUGGCAACCUCGCCUCGAAGGACUCGGAACCUGCCUCCGGCCUUGGCCUUGACGCCAAGCCCGCAGGCGUCUUGGACCAGGCGCAGGGCUACGUCGACAACGCCUCCAGCACUGCCCAGGCACAGGCUGGACAGUACACUGACAAGAUUGGCCAGUUUGCAGCCGUUCCUAAGUCGGACGACAAGAGUUCCGGCCUCGGUGCCGGCGCCCUCGCGGGUAUUGGCGCUGGUGUGGGUGCCCUUGGUGCGGGCGCAUACGCCGCUACGCGCGGUAGCAAGGACGCUCCCGAGCAGCAGGACCCCAUUGGUGCGGCCAAGACGUUCGGUACCGACUCUAUUACCGGUACGCAGAAGCUCGGGACGGAUACUUUCGCCAGUGGACAGAAGCUCGGCACCGACUCUCUCGCCGGUGCGCAGAACCUUGGCGCCGACUCUCUGGCUGGUGCGCAGAAGCUCGGCACCGGCUCUCUCGCCGGUGCGCAGAAGUUCGGCACCGACUCUGUUGCCGGUGCGCAGAAGUUCGGCACCGACUCUGUUGCCGGUGCGCAGAACCUUGGCACCGACUCUCUGGCUGGUGCGCAGAACCUUGGCACCGACACCGUCAAUGCGGCGCGCGAUUUCGCCACCGACACCACCACUCCUCUCACACAGACUGGCGCGGGCGCGGCCGCCAACGUGCCUGGCACGGAGAAGCUGCCCGACCAGGCUGGUAAGAUUAGCGACAACGUGCAGCAGUCGGUCGGCGCGGGCCAGGACACAGUCACCGGCGCCCGUAACCUCGCUUCAGAGGACCGCGGUCUUGGCGUCGGAACCCUCGCGGGUGUUGGUGCUGGUGCUGCAGCACUUGGGGCUGGCGCUUACGCAGCCUUGCGCCACGGCAAGCCCGAUGAGCAGGUGCCGGCCAAGCAGCCGGAUGCCCAGCAGCUCUCGAGCCAGCCCAGUGUUGGCACGACUGGCGCGCUUGGCGACGCCUCGGCUGACGCCGCGAUUGCCCGUGACAUUCCCUCGCCCAGUACCCCUGGUCUCGCUGGUGUAGGCGCGCACGGCGCCAACACCCACCCAGAGACUGUUGGGGCAGCUGCAGGGACCAUUCCCCAGUCUGUCGACAAGGCUGCUGUACCCACCGCGCCAGCCGACACGUCAGGCUACGCCAAGCCGGCCCUGGCGGCCGGUGCGGGCGCUGCCGCUCUCGGAGCGGGCGUUGCCGCUGGCCGCGAGUCCGACAUGGCUGUCGUGCCGGACUUUGAGACGACCGACGCGCAGUUAUCAGCCGACGAGGUGCUCUCGCCAUCCGGCGUCGCCACCACUGCAAGGACCCAGGUCGAGCAGAGCACGAUUCCCGCGCAACCCUCUUUUGCUCAGCGGGACAUUUCGCGUGUGCAGGCCGACGAGUCCGGGUUCCCGCCCACGGAGGGGCAUGCGGACGGCACGCCGAACCGCUCCAUCAGUGGCAGCGUGGACUCGUACAACACCGCGGUGUCGGGCGAACUCCUCGACGACCCCAAGUUGAACACUUCCGGCUCGGGCGUCUCGCCCGCGGCUAUGGCGGCUGGGGCCAGUGCUGCUGGCCUCGCCGCGGCUGGCGCUGGUGCAUAUGCGUACUCGCGCAACCAGCAGCAGCAGGCCCAGCAGCAGUUCAUUCAGCCUGGUCAGCACCCUGUUCCGCAGCCUGGUCAGCAGCCUGGUCAGCAGCAGCAGUUCAUGCAGCCUGGCCAGCAGGCGCCGCAGGAGCAGCAGUCCCGUGAUCAAGCCCACGGGCAGGGCACGCGCGGCAGUGCGUUCAUUGAAUCGCCCGCUUCCGCGCCCGUUUCCGCGCCCGUCCAAACCGGCGUCAAGGAGGCUGCCCCUCCUGCUGUGGAUGUCGGUGUUCCCAGUGCCAGCUAUGACGAGCCCAUAGCCGCGUCGUCUGCGCCGGCAACUGCGCCCGCAACCCAGGCCCUGGCCGCUGAGAAGCCUUCCGCCGUCACUGCGGAGGGUAACCUCACCGCCGCCGAGUUGCGAGAGGGUGUGCAGCUUGGUCCUGAGCCCACAGAGGGUUCCGGAUGGGGCAAGGCUGCGGGCUACAGCGCUGCAGGUGUUGCCGUGGUGGGUGCCGCGGCCUCUGGACUGUACGGUGCGACGCGCGACGAGGACAAGAGCAGCCGCAGGGCCAGCAACCGCGAGGCGUUCGUCUCGGGCGUGCCGAGUGCUGCGAAGAGCGGCAACUUCCUGCAAGGCCUGCCAGAGGCUGGCCAGCAGGCCGGCCAGCAGGCCGUGGCGCACGGGAAGAGCCUCGCCGGCAUCCAGCCAGGCCAGAUUGUUCCAGGCCAGUCCGACCAGGUGCAGGAGCAGCCCGCCCCCGUCCAGGCCGACAUGACCCAGCCUCCUCAACUUGAGUCGCAUGAGGGCCAUCCUGGCGCGAUUGCGGGUGCUGCGACCGCCGGCGUUGGUGCUGUAGGUGCGGCUGGCGUGGCUGCUGCGCACUACGGUACCGAGUCCGCCACUGGCCCGGCCGAGCCCAAGACUCCGACGAAGGAGCGCCGCCGAUCGUCCCUCUUUGGCAACAUGUUCAAGAAGAAGGACCGCGAGCGCCUGCAGAGCAUGGAGGCGGACGCGAUGCCCGCCGACGCGGCAAACGCCCAGGCUGCUGCGCGCGCCAAGCUCGAUGCUGAGGGUACACCCGCCCCGGGCACCGCUGGUGAGCCACCCGCGCAGGGCUCAGGUCUUCCCGGCAUGGGUAGUAUCGGCAAGGCCGGAGCCGGCGCUCUCGCGGGCGUUACUGCUGCCGGGGCUGCGGGUCUGGCGGCGGGCUCUGGCGCUUUCGACCAGGCCAAGACUGCUGGCACUGGUACACUCGAAUCGAGCCGCAACAUGGCGACGGGCGCUCUUGACACCGGCCGUACGGGCGUAGCUGGCGCGCUGGACCAGGGCCGCACAGGCGCCACUGGUGCCUUCGACUCUGUCCGCAAUGCGGGAUCCGGCGCACUCGACUCUGCCCAUACUGCAGGUACUGGCGCGUUUGGGAGUGUGCGCGACAGCGCGACUGGUGCGCUGGGAUCUGGCCGUACUGCGGCCACGGGUGUCUUCGACUCUGGCCGUAGUGCUGCCACUGGCGCGCUCGACGCGGGCAAGACUGCCGGCGGCGACGCCACAUCCUUUGCGCAGAAGACGAUGGACUCGGCCCUUGGCACGUCCAUGCUCACUGCCGGCUCCACGCAGCCUGGGGACCGGCCGACGACGCCGAGCCGCCUCACCGGGACGACGGCCGCACCUACGACGCCCGCCAAGACAUCACAUGUGGUGGAGCAUGCGACGCCAGGCGCGCACAGCACGCACACGGCACACUCGACCGGGUCGCGUAAGAAGAAGGGAUUCUUUGCCAGGCUCAAGGCCGCGUUGACGGGGAAGAAGCACGAGCACUAG